GUUGUAAAGUUUUGCACGAGUUGAGCGGAUGUAUAAGAAUUAAACUAAAAUAAGACUAUGAAUUCUUCUUUAAAUUUGAUUCAUUAAUCAUAAGAACCUGAUUCGAGACUUGGAGUUGAAUUUAUACAAGGCCAGAUGAUUCUCAAUCUCAGUCUGUAGGUUCUUCAGACUCCUCUUGGACUCUUGGCGAACUCCGCCAUUGUCUCUUUCAAAUCAGGUUCGCAGUUGUCACUGUGGGAACCUUGCUUCAGAAGGGAUAUUUACACCGAUCUGUAUGUGUUGCAUAGCCUAAUUUUUUGUUAGGAAAGCUUGUGUUUUUUUAUGUUGCUUGGCGAGCAAGGAGUUAUUUGUUGAAGGGUUUUUGUGGGACUCGCAUUCCGGCCACGAUGAUCAGCAGGCAGCAUUUGUUGACCUAUAUUUACCUUCUAGUUUACAUCUUGCUUUCAUCAGGGGUUAUUUUGUACAACAAGUGGGUCCUCUCGACAAAGUACUUCAAUUUUCCAUAUCCAAUAACCCUCACUAUGAUUCAUAUGGGAUUUUCUGGCGCUGUUGCAUUCUUUCUCAUCCGUGUUUUCAAGGUUGUUUCGCCUAUUAAAAUGACAUUCAAAAUAUAUGCAACAUGUGUCAUUCCAAUAAGUGCUUUCUUUGCAUCUAGUUUAUGGUUUGGCAACACUGCUUAUCUGUACAUUUCCGUGGCCUUCAUCCAGAUGCUUAAAGCCCUGAUGCCAGUGGCGACAUUCCUCACAGCAGUUGUCUGCGGUACUGAAAAAUUAAGGUUUGAUGUGUUCUUGAACAUGGUGCUGGUCAGUGUUGGAGUUGUCGUUUCUUCAUAUGGGGAAAUUCAUUUUAAUUUGCUGGGUACAGCUUAUCAAGUCAUGGGCAUGUUUGGUGAGGCUCUCAGGCUUGUCUUAACACAAGUUCUUCUUCAAAGAAAGGGCUUAACUCUAAAUCCUAUCACCAGCUUAUAUUACAUAGCACCUUGCAGCUUUAUCUUUUUGUUUGUUCCUUGGUAUUUUCUGGAGAAGCCUGUAAUGGAAGUUUCACAGAUUCAGUUCAAUUUUUGGAUAUUCUUCUCAAACGCACUUUGUGCUCUAGCUUUGAACUUCUCAAUUUUCUUAGUAAUUGGUAGAACUGGAGCUGUAACUAUCCGUGUUGCGGGAGUAUUGAAAGACUGGAUACUCAUUGCCCUUUCAACUGCUCUAUUUCCCGAGUCUAUGAUCACUAGUCUCAAUAUAAUUGGUUAUGCGAUAGCUCUCUGUGGUGUCAUCAUUUAUAAUUACUUGAAGGUCAGAGAUUCUCGUGCAUCUCAAUUUCCUCCUGAAAGCCUCCCAGAUAGAGCAGUAAAGGAGUUUAAGAUGGAGAGGAAAGAAUCUGAUGCAUAUGUCCCCGAUGACGUAAACAACAACAACAACAACAACAACGAUGGAAGGAUUGGAUGGAAUGCUUCCAUUCCCGGUUCAGAAGUGGAUGAAGAAGCUACUUUCAUUCCUCCCUCGAAACUGUCGCAUCUUGGGAGAAGCCAGCUUAGUAGCCAUACAUCUUAGAAACAGAGGAAGAAUAGCAAGGAGCAUAUAGUAGGCUAUACUGAUUUAAUGUAAAGACUCGGUCUGAGGAAGUAGUCAAGGAGUGAUUUAUUGGUUGUGUUAUGUCAUAUAGGAGAAAAAUGAAGACAGAUGGAAGGAAAAUGGAGAGUGGACCAGAAUGACUCCUUUUUUUCUUGUUUGGUAUGGAGGAAAAAGGGAAGGAACAAACAUGUGGGAUGUGGAUUUUCUUUCCAGGUCAACCAAAUUUUAUUGCCUCGGAUGUGGAAAUCUAGAGGAAAAAUGAAAUGAGACAAAGAGAAGAUGGGUGCAAUGACCAUUUUUUCCCCCUGAUUAGUUCUUUACUUCGAAUAUGGGUUAGAGAAUACUAUUUUGUAUACGGACACAGUUUACUUCCGAAUUGGGUUGGAGGAAACUUCCUGUGAA